AUUAGUACUGUAGUUAAAUUCAAGUAAAGUUACAACAUGGUAGUAUAGACCUAAGUUCUUCAUAGAUGAAUUUGGAAAUGCUGCAAUUAAAAACAAAUAAGCAACAUAAUUUUUCGAGUCAUCAAAUUGCUGUCCUACAAACCACAAUUUUGUGGUAACUUCCUCUGUUGUGCUUUUAAUUUGAAAGUGUGCCGGAAGUCCUAUUGCCGUUAAUGUAAUUUAACUUUGUCUCCCUUCAGUGGUGGUGAGUUUGUGAUAGUACACUAAAUUUCGGGGGUAACUGUGCAAGUCUUGUCACUUUUCUGCCAUUUUGCUCAACAAAUGAUAAGCCAUUACUCUGUUUUUUAAGUGUCUAGUCAUAGUUAUUGAGCUGAUGACUUUACAGAAUGAGCAGUGCAGACAAAUUUGUUUAUUUUAUCUGCAGAUUAAGAUGCCACCACGGAUCACCCCCCUCAAUGAUGCCAUUCAGCAUAUAAUUUCAAAAAGAGACAAAACAUUCAAAUUGGAGGUGAAAUACAUAGAUGCUGUAAAAGGACGCGGCAUAUUUGCAAAGAGUUCAAUUUCCAAGGGUGAAUUUGUGGUUGAGUAUAAAGGGGAUAUGAUAAAUGAUGCAGAGUCCCAGAGAAGAAAAAAACUCUACCACUCGUCAUGUCUUGCCUUCAUGUUCGCGUUCAAGUGGAAAGGAAAAUUAUGGUGUAUUGAUGCCUCAAGAGAUGACGGAUCAUUUGGGAGGCUAAUAAAUGACGAACAUAGACGGCCAAACUGUAGAAUGAAAAAAAUCGAUGUCAAUGGAAACCCGCACCUUUGUCUGUUUGCAUUAAAUGACAUUAAAGAAGGAGAGGAAAUUACUUAUGAUUAUGGAGGGGAAGACUGUCCUUGGAGAACAAAAGUGACCAUUGCUAUGGCCCAGUCACAGGCAGUUGAUGAGUCCCUGCCUGUCCCUUUGCCAAAGAUCCCAACCAGUGAUUCAAGUCAGAGUGACUGUCCUGAACAGAUUGUGACAGAGUGUCAAAGUGAGUGUUUUGUCCCAAGACUUCGCCGCACCAAAAGUGUCUUUAUGAAAGACAUAGACCUGGAAGAUCCAUCUGAAUUAUACGAUUCUGCAUCAAGCGGUGAUGAAUAUGUGCCAGUUUCCGCUGGAAGUGACGGUGACGAGAGUUGUGGAAGAAGAUCAUCUCAGGCUCUUUUUGAUAUGAUAAAUCUCUCUGUCUCAGUGGGAUCUCCUGUUUGCGACAGCACCACACAAGACAACAUGCCACUUGAUCUAGUCGGAGAAACAUGUGAAUUUGUGGAAGAGGAGGAGCCCUGUUCCAGGAGGAUCAGCGAGUUCCAUGGGAAAAACUUGGAUGAAAUAACUAUUGAACCACAUGAGCGAGCUCUGGAAAGCGAUGAGGACGGUCAGAGUCAAGAGAACUAUCCGUCAACUGAUGGUUAUAAUACUUCCCAUCAACUUGAUGAACCAUCAACAGAGGAGUCAGUUCUUUCUGAGGUAAUGCUGCCCACACCAUCAAGGAAGCGAAAGCUGUCGUCUCAACCAUCGUCAACAUCUGCUGUUCUUGACGAUGCUCCUUCAAGGCCCUCUGUUAGGAAACCAUCAACAGAGGAGUCAGGUCUUUCUGAGGUAAUGCUGCCCACACCAUCAAGGAAGCGAAAGCUGUCGUCUCAACCAUCGUCAACAUCUGCUGUUCUUGACGAUGCUCCUUCAAGGCCCUCUGUUAGGACUCUUUCAGGAAAAGCCACACAGAAGAAAUCACCGUGGACGCAGACAGAGAUAGGAGCGGUUGAAAGGCAUCUGAUGAAAUUCAUUUCAUCAUGCAUGGUCCCAGGAAAAUGGGAAUGCGAAAGGACCAUGCCCACCACUGGGCUAACGGGUUCUAGGAUGACCAAAACCAACCUGGGAAUAGGGUGCUACAAGACCCCCGGGCCCUAG